GGAGAGAAUCUAGAAUACCCAUUUAUUUCUUUCUUUCUUUCACUUCCUCAAACACCCAGAAAUAAAUAAAUAAUAAAUAAUAAGAAAUCAAAAGGGUAGAAGAGAAAGAAAAAGCAGAGAAUAAAAAGAGACCGGAUGUUGACAAUUUUCAUGUCACUGUUCUUAGAAGGUCGUUUGUUUGUGAGGAGAUUUCUUAUCUGGGAUCUCUCUCUCCGCUUCUUCUUUCAGAGACUGGCCCAGCAGAUCGAAAUCUCCAUCUUUUCUUCUACCUGAUGACGAUCUAAGAUCCUCCAAUGGCGUUACAGAAAUACCCACUUCGUUUUUUUCGCUUUUCAACCCCUUCUGCUCUGUUUUCUGCUACUUUCGAUUCCUUGGGUUGUUCUGGUUCUUAUUUUGCUACAGAUAGGCUGCGAGUGCUAGACGGAGACUCUGAAUUUUCAUGGAAAGAGUUGGGUUUCUGGGUCGUCGUCGGGUCGUCGAGUUUCUGUUAAAUCCGCGGCGUGUUUUCGAAGAGGGUUGAUAUAGGAUGUUGGUCUGAGGAAUGGGAACAAAAGUACAGUGUAAGAGAUAUUUGCCAGGAUAUUGCUCCAUGAGGGACCUUAACGCGGAUGCUAACAAUGGUAGCUGGCCUGUAUAUUAUGAUGAUAAAACCUUGAAGAGUGGGCAGUACUACGGUGGUUUCUUGCCAAGGCCUUCUACUGAUGUAUAUUUGGGUUAUGAUAAGGAAAUGCUGAAGCAGACAAUGCUUAAGCAUGAAGCCAUAUUCCAGGAUCAGGUCUUUGAACUCCACCGUCUUUAUAAGAUUCAGCAAGACUUGAUGGAUGAACUUAAACGAAAGGAAGUCAACAAAUAUACAGUUUCUGUUGAGCCAAUACAAUCAAGUCCCUUUCCAUCUCAAAUGUCAUCAGAAGUUGUCCAAAAGAUGUGGCAAAACCUUAGAAUUAGACCAUCUGUUUCAGGGGCCGAAAACAUUGAGUCCGCUUUCAGUUCUAUAAAAGAAAAUAAUAAGCAAGCAGGUCCCGUUCCAUCUCAAAAUAGAGGCAGUACAAAGGAAUCCAAGCUCCCAAGGAAAAUGAUUGAUCUCCAACUUCCAGCUGAUGAGUACAUUGAUAGUGAAGAAGGGGAACUCAUUGAAGAAGAGAAACUUUCUAAUCAUAGGGUUGCUCCUGAGAGUGAUGUAAAGCUGUGUCUUGGCAAUGGUGGUAACCCUAAUCGCUCAGGAUGCAGUUUGAGAGCUGAUUCAUGUUUAUGGAGCACUCAUGGAUUGGCUGAUUUGAAUGAGCCCAUCCAGGUUGAUGAAGCAACAUCUUCAGCUUCCGUUGAUUUUGUGGGCCCCUUAAACAGCCAUGGAGAGGUUCAUCUGCGUGUUCUGCCUGGAAACCCAAAUUCAGGCGUCCUAGGGUUGCCAAGGGAAAUUUUCCAAAAUUCCCAGAAGGGAAGGGGUAAUGGUACCUGCUCAAGCACUUUACGUUUAGAAAGUGAAGGAAAUAAACCAGAAUGGCUAUCCUAUAAUCCUGAAGCUGGAUCUCAUGUUGCUUUACCUCUCUUUACAGGGCAAAGUAGGAGUAGCCUAAGUUCUUUAUCUCAGAGUUUCAGUCCAGAAAAAUUGCCUACACUACCUGAACCAGUACAAGUUGACCUAAAGAGAACACAUGAACUUCCGCCAUUUCUCCGAUCUGAUAAGAUUUCAAGAGAGCCAUGGAGAGAAAGGGCAAGUUGUAGUGCAGAAAUUUCUGAAAGAAAUAGCCCUGCUAAUAACUAUCCAACCAUCCGUCAGUUUGAUGCAUCCCAAUCGCCAUCUGUUUCAUCUUGUAGAAAGUCAGUGAGUUGCCUGAGCCAGAAUGCAGUAGCGGUUCAAGCACUCCCAUGCAUCAACCCUUCUGCUUCAUCAAGUAGGAGCUCCAACAUGUCUAUCCAAGACUCUGGGAUCUUUGGAGAUAAAUGGAGUCUUGAUAGCAAAUUGAGAUUGAACCCUAGUUUUGGAGGUGAUACAUCACAUUGUAAUGGGUUUUACCCGGGGCCCCAGUUGGAGUCCAAACAUGUUAACUUCCCUAAGUCUGGCUUUGAUUAUCUGAACCGUGGUGAUGGCAAUAUUUCUGCCUCUAAACGUUCUGAAAAUCAUUAUGCAGAAAAGUAUUUCAAGGGUCCAGAAUGCAUGGAUGUGAAGUUUGCCAAGGAUAUGAAUCUGAAUGUGGCACUUUCAAAUGGCUUCCAAGAUGGAAUGGUUCCUCGACGAGAUCUUGCCAUUGAUGGAAGGGGGAAGCAUGAGGAUCAAUCUGGGGGCUUGCCUUGGCUCAGAGCAAAACCAGCUAGCAAUGAUGGGCCUCCCGGAGGAAAGCAAAGUUCACCUCAUUUGGGAUUGGAUUUCUUAAAAGAACAUUCACAGCAGUCUCUGAAUAAAAGUGAAACUGGAAGCAGUCCUAGUCCGAGUUUUAUUCAGAAUCUCAUGUCAGCUUCAUGUCAUAAUGAUGCUGGGCCUAAUAAAACUGAACCCGGUUGUUCAAGUGAUAAGAAGAUACUUGGGUUUCCCAUUUUUGAAAAGGCUCACAUUUCCAACAACCGGUCGUCUUCUUCUCUUAGCUCUCCCACCAAGUCCCGUCAUUAUUCAUCUGUGGUUGAAGACACUGAGAAUAGUCGGAAGAAGUUGGGAGUAGUUCAUAUUGACUUGUCUAUUGAUCCUACAUUGCAGGACUCAGGAAAGAAGUCAACUACAGAGGAUAGGAUUCAAAAGAAGGGACUGGAUAAUAACCGUACUAGCUCUAAGAAUCGCAUUAAUUUAAAUACCUGCACAAAUGAUGAAGAGAUUCCAUCGGAGUCUUCUGUUCCAAGAGACAAAGUGAAGAUUGCAGUUGAGAUAGAUUUGGAGGCUCCCCCAGUUCCUGAUACCGAGGAGGAGAUUCCUCCUACAAGGGACGACUGUAUAGGAAACCAACUUGAGGAACUUGUCCAGUCAUCACAACUUGGAGCUGGAGAGCCUCAUGAAGAACUUGCCAGAAUUGCUGCAGGGGCGCUAGUCUCCAUCACAUCAUCUACUGUUCAGAUGCAGUUGGAGGUCUCCACUUGCCAACCACCAGAAUCUUCUCUUAGAGAUUCCUUAUAUUGGUUUGCAGAGGUGGUUACUUCAAACACAGGUGAUCUGGAGAGUGACGUUAGGGUAACUUUGAGGGACGAGGAUGGUCGUGAUCAUAAUGAGUUAUCCUCUGAGGGGUUUGAUUACUUUGAGUCCAUGACAUUGAAGCUGACCGAGACCAAGGUGGAAGAGUACUGGUGUAGGCCCCCUGCUCCAGAGAAUGUGGAGGAAAUAGUUGCCAUUUCAAAGCCCACUCGACCUCGAAAGGGCCAUGGGAGGAGGGGAAGGCAGCGAAGGGAUUUUCAGAGGGACAUCCUACCAGGUCUUGCGUCACUCUCGAGGCAUGAGGUAACAGAAGAUCUACACACAAUUGGAGGGCUGAUGCAAGCUACAGGUCAACCUUGGCAGACAGGGUUGGCAAGGAGGAAUGCUGCUAGGAAUGGAUGGGCAAGGGGGAGAAGGCGUUCAAAGGGCCCCAGUCCCUCAGUAGAAGCGAUUAAUGUCUGCCCACCUCCAGUGCAACCACCUAUUACAAGUGAAGUGGGACUGGAAGAGAGGAACCUAACAGGGUGGGGGAAGACACCUAGACGGCCCCGUCGACAGAGAUGUCCAGCCGGUAAUCCUCCUUCUCUUCCUUCUUUAACUGCAGUAUAGAAAGAGGCCGCCUUGCUUUGUGAUUUGAGAGUUUUAUAGAGGAUAUUUAGUUGGGGAGUCGGCAGUUGUUUCUAUGGCUUUGGGGUGAAGAUAGGUAAGAGCCAUGGGAAUUGCUUCCUUGUACAUGUCUUUGAGCCCCAAUUUGGUUUCCUUUGUUUAUUUGUGUUGUUGAGUUUACCAACUUGUAUAAUUCGUAAAUAAUGUCGCAUUAUUCUUCUAA